CAGAGAAAAUUAUUAGGCGGAAAAAGACCCCAGUUGGAAGACAAGCUUGAAGCUUCUCUCACGGAAAAUGAUGUAAAUACUCAGACAAUGGGACAUGGUUUUGACCUCUGCGCUGACACCUUUCGGUUGAAAGGACUCAUUUAAUGGAUUUCUCAUGUUUUCCUUUUGACAGUUUUCUGCCAGAUUUGACUUAACUAUAAAUGCGAUUGAACUACAGCUAUAUCAAAUUGUAUGAAUGAAGUGUUAACUCUUCGAACAUGGCCACCGUGUACCUUGACAGAGAGACUCGACUGUAUCCCACACAUUUUCAGAAUGUGACUACCACACAAACUGAUGUCAGACAACACUACAUACUCUACAGAAUUCUACAAAACUCUCUGUUGUUGACAUUUUCAAGAUGUUGAAACUGGGUUGGCAGCAGAACUUUGGGGCACCAUGGUCAAUGUGACGCCCAGUAUAGACCCAGCGACGGACCAAGAGGGGUACAACUACUUUGCCAUAAUAUUUGGCGUGCCUCUCAUCCUCAUCAUCAUCCUGGGCAACGUGCUGGUUUGCCUCAGUGUGCUGACAGAACGUUCCCUCAAAACUGCAACCAACUACUUCAUAGUCAGUCUGGCUGUGGCCGACCUUCUGCUGGCUGUGCUGGUUCUCCCACUCUACGUCUACUCUGAGUUCCUGGGAGGCAUUUGGACACUGAGUAUGUACAUCUGUGAUGCCCUAAUGACUAUGGAUGUGAUGCUCUGCACUGCCUCUAUUUUGAAUCUGUGUGCAAUUAGUGUGGACAGGUACAUAGCGGUAGUGCUCCCUUUGAAGUACAACCGUAACCAGUUUAGUUUCCGUCAGUUGGCCUUGAUCACAGCCACCUGGGUGCUUUCCCUGGGUGUGGCCAGUCCUGUCAUAUUCGGCUUGAACCAGGUGCCCAACAGGAACCCUCAUGUUUGCAAGCUGGAGGACAAUCAGUUUGUGGUCUACUCCUCCAUCUGCUCUUUCUUCGUACCCUGCCCUGUCAUGCUCCUCCUAUAUUACUGGAUGUUCAGGGGACUCAAGCGAUGGAGCUCUGGUCGCAGCCGGUCCCACCUCCGUCGGGCACCCAGGGGGCGUAGAAGCCUGACUUUGCACCUGGGAGCAGCACUGCAGAAGGAGAAGGGAAGGGCGAAGGAGAAGGUGGUGUACCUCAUGCCUGGAGGUCUCAGUCCCACAUCGCUCUCUGCCACCCCUCCUAGUCUGCUCUCCUCAACCAGCCCGGUUACCAUUACCACAGAUGAGGAGGUAAAAUGUCAGAUUCCGAUUGCAGAGAGCGACCCUCUGACCACCCAGAUGGAUAGUGUAUCAGAUGUAGAGAACCCUGACCGACCUACGGAUGAUGAUAGUGGUCGAGAGAAUGGGGUGGGGAAGAACCAUCGGUCUCAUACAGGGCGAUGCCACAACAAGAGCAACAGGGUGAGCGGACGAGAGCGGAAAGCAAUGAAGGUGCUGCCUGUAGUCGUGGGUGUUUUUCUGGCUUGCUGGACUCCUUUCUUUGUGGUCCAUGUGACUAAGGCGCUGUGCCAUUCAUGUGACAUCUGGCCAAUGCUGAUAAGUGUGGUCACAUGGCUUGGCUAUGUCAACAGUGCUGUUAACCCCAUCAUCUACACUGCCUUUAAUGUGGAGUUCAGGAACGUGUUUCACAAACUUCUCUUUUGUCGCUCUUGAGAUUGAGCGAU